AUGACCGUCAAAGUCCUCAUCUACGCCUACCGCAAACCAGGCCUCUCCAUCGAGGAAUUUAAAAAACGCUACGAAACACACGCCGCACUGGUCAAACAACUAGCAGGCGCCGACUUCCCCUUUGUCACAAACGCACCUACAUCGCCCGCACCACCGUCGAGACUGCCACGAAUGAAGCAUUUCGACUUCGACGCCUACGCAGAAUUGACAUUCGUUGACCAGGCUGCGCUGGGGACGUUCACGGCGAAGGUUCAGAGCCCGGAGAUUGCGAGGCGGAUUGAGGAGGAUGAGGAGGAGUUUCUUGAUCGGGGGAGGCUGGGGAUUGCGAUGCUUGGGGAGGUUUGUGAGACUACGAAUUAA